GGCGAUGGACUGUUGCUGGACUCUGUGAAGAGUCGGGAUAUUAACUUUCUUAAACAGAGGACGAAACAUUUGGGAAAAUACCGCGGACACUUUUGCUUCAACUUCGUCGGAGAGAGGUGGUGGAGUGGUUGCCAUGAUGGAUAAAAUGUCAAGUUUCCUGCACAUUGGGGAUGUUUGCUCCCUUUAUGCUGAAGGCUCUACCAGUGGCUUCAUAAGCACUCUAGGGUUGGUUGAUGACCGAUGUGUUGUCCAACCAGAUGCAGGGGACCUGAACAACCCACCCAAGAAGUUCAGGGACUGUCUGUUCAGACUGUGUCCCAUGAACAGAUACUCGGCACAGAAACAGUUCUGGAAAGCUGCCAAACCUGGAGGAACCAGCACCACAGAUACUGUUCUGCUCAACAAACUCCAUCAUGCUGCUGAUUUAGAAAAGAAACAAAAUGAAUCGGAGAACAAAAAGCUUUUAGGAACAGUAAUUCAGUACGGCAACGUCAUCCAGCUUCUCCAUCUGAAGAGUAAUAAGUAUCUGACGGUAAAUAAGCGCUUACCGGCUCUUCUUGAGAAGAAUGCCAUGCGUGUAACCCUGGAUGCUGCAGGGAAUGAAGGCUCGUGGUUCUACAUCCAACCCUUCUAUAAGCUCCGCUCUAUUGGAGACAAUGUGGUCAUUGGCGAUAAGGUUGUGUUAAACCCUGUUAAUGCCGGACAGCCGCUUCAUGCCAGUAGCCAUCAACUUGUGGAUAAUCCAGGAUGCAAUGAAGUGAAUUCAGUGAACUGCACUACCAGUUGGAAAAUUGUUCUUUUCAUGAAAUGGAGCGACAACCAGGAGGUUGUCUUGAAAGGAGGUGAUGUGGUGAGGCUGUUCCAUGCGGAGCAGGAGAAGUUUCUAACAUGCGAUGAACACAGAAAAAAGCAGUAUGUCUUUUUGCGUACCACCGGGCGCCAGUCUGCAACCUCUGCCACUAGUAGCAAAGCACUCUGGGAGGUAGAGGUGGUUCAGCAUGAUCCCUGCAGAGGCGGAGCCGGCUACUGGAACAGUCUCUUUAGGUUCAAACACCUGGCCACCGGCCAUUACCUUGCUGCAGAGGUAAAUCCAGACUAUGAAGAAGAAUGCCUGGAGACCCGUUCCUCUCUGGAUUCGGAGCAGGAAGUGAUGCGAGCACGUGCACGUAACCCUCAGGAUAAGGUUAUGUACACACUGGUGUCUGUUCCUGAUGGCAAUGACAUAUCAUCAAUCUUUGAGCUUGACCCUACUACUCUGAGAGGCGGAGACUCACUUGUGCCAAGAAACUCAUACGUGAGGCUCAGGCACCUCUGUACCAAUACAUGGGUUCACAGCACCAACCAGCCAAUAGAUAAAGAGGAAGAGAAACCGGUCAUGCUCAGAAUAGGAACAUCUCCUCUGAAGGAAGAUAAAGAGGCUUUUGCUAUAGUUCCAGUAUCUCCAGCUGAAGUUCGCGAUCUGGAUUUUGCUAAUGAUGCAAGUAAAGUCUUAGCUUCUAUUGCAGCCAAACUGGAGAAGGGCACUAUCACCCAGAAUGAGAGGAGGUCAGUGACAAAGCUGCUGGAGGAUCUGGUGUAUUUUGUGGUGGACAUUCCCAGCAGUGCUCAGGAUGUGCUGGAGAUCACAGUCAACAAACCUAACAGAGAGCGGCAGAAACUCAUGAGAGAGCAGAACAUACUCAAACAGAUAUUCAAGCUGCUGCAGGCCCCAUUCACUGAUAGCGGGGACGGCCCUAUGUUGCGACUGGAAGAGCUCGCAGACCAACGUCAUGCACCCUUUCGUCACAUCUGUCGGCUCUGCUACAGAGUCCUACGUCACUCACAACAGGACUAUCGCAAAAAUCAGGAGUACAUCGCAAAGCAGUUCCGCUUCAUGCAGAAGCAGAUAGGAUAUGAUGUGCUUGCUGAAGACACUAUCACAGCCCUGCUGCACAACAACAGGAAGCUUCUAGAGAAACACAUCACUGCAGCUGAGAUAGACACCUUCGUCAGCCUGGUCCGCAAGAACAGAGAGCCCAGAUUUCUGGACUACUUGUCAGAUCUGUGUGUGUCUAUGAAUAAAUCCAUCCCUGUCACACAAGAACUCAUCUGUAAUGCUGUGCUGGACCCAGCAAAUGCAGACAUCCUCAUCGAAACCAAGCUUGUGUUAUCAAGGUUUGAGGUGGCAGGAACAGUGCUUGGCGAGAGCGCAGAGGAGGAAGAGGAGGAUGAGGAGGAGGUAUGGUUGUUCUGGAAGGACAGUAGAGGAGAGAUGAAGAGUAAGAGCAUCAGAGAGCUUGCACAGGAUGCCAAAGAUGGACACACAGAAGACCAGGAAGUGGUGAACCUGGCGAGGAACCUUAUCUAUUUUGGUUUCUAUAACUUCUGUGACCUGCUAAGGUUGACCAAAAUCCUGCUGGCCAUCCUGGACUGCGUCCAUAUCAGCACUCCCUUUCCCAUCAAGCUGCCUGGAGACCGUGGCAAAGGAAGUAAUGUGAUGCGGUCCAUCCAUGGGGUGGGAGAGCUGAUGACACAGGUGGUGUUGAGGGGUGGGGGAUUUCUGCCAGCCACCAACCACAACCCUCCAGACAGAGAAGUUAAAUCCCAGAGUGAACCUCAGAAACAAGACAUACUGGUGAUGGACACCAAACUCAAGAUCAUUGAAAUCCUACAGUUCAUUCUAAAUGUCCGUUUGGACUACAGGAUCUCCUGCCUGCUCUGUAUCUUUAAAACCGAGUUUGAUGAGAGCAACUCUCAAACAGAGCCGUCUGUAAAUCAGGACUUUCCUGCCAGUGUACAAGGUGCGCUGGACUUUGAGCACAUUGAAGAGCAAGCGGAGGGGAUUUUCGGAGGAAGUGAAGAAAACACCCCACUGGAUCUUGAUGAUCACGGUGGCCGGACGUUUCUGAGGGUCUUACUGCACCUGACCAUGCAUGACUAUCCUCCACUGGUGUCACGAGCCCUUCACCUCCUCUUCCGACACUUCAGCCAGCGGCAAGAGGUCUUACAGGCCUUUAAGCAGGUUCAGCUCCUGGUGACCAGUCAGGAUGUGGAAAAUUAUAAACAGAUCAAGUCAGAUUUGGAUCAGCUAAGGUCUAUAGUAGAGAAAUCAGAGCUGUGGGUGUAUAAGAGACAGGGGUCAGAUUCAGGGCUGGACACUGGAGAGGUCACCACUGAAGCGCACCAUAAGGGUGUUGUCAACUCAAGUAGAUCAGACAAAUCCAAAGUGGAGAGUACCAGCAGCUCAAACUACAGAGUCGUGAAGGAGAUCCUUCUGAGGCUGAGCAAACUGUGUGUUUUGGAGGGCAUCUCUGGCAAGAAGAAUAAGAAACAGCAGCAGCGGCUCCUCAGGAACAUGAUAGCUCACAGUGUAGUCCUGGAACUGUUGCAGAUCCCUUAUGAGAAGGGGGAGGAUGUUCAGAUGCAAGAGAUUAUGACUUUAGCUCAUCAGUUCCUUCAGAAUUUUUGUGCUGGAAAUCAACAGAACCAGGCACUUCUACACAAACACAUUAACCUGUUCCUCAAUCCUGGGAUUCUAGAGGCGGUGACCAUGCAGCAUAUCUUCAUGAAUAAUUUCCAGUUGUGUAGUGAGAUUAACGAGAGGGUAGUGCAGCACUUUGUGCACUGCAUCGAGACGCACGGACGCAGUGUCCACUACCUCAAGUUCCUCCAGACCAUCGUCAAGGCUGAGAACAAGUUCAUCAAGAAAUGCCAAGACAUUGUCAUGGCUGAGUUGGUGACAGCAGGUGAGGAUGUGCUGGUGUUCUAUAAUGACCGGGCAUCUUUUCAGUCAUUGGUUCAAAUGAUGCGUCUUGAGAGGGAACGACUUGAUGACAGCAGUGCACUCAGGUAUCAUAUUCACUUAGUGGAGUUGCUGGCUGUGUGCACUGAAGGGAAGAACGUCUACACUGAGAUCAAAUGCAACUCCCUGCUCCCCCUCGAUGAUAUUGUACGUGUGGUCACUCAUGAGGACUGCAUCCCUGAGGUGAAGAUGGCCUAUGUGAACUUCCUGAAUCACUGCUAUGUGGAUACUGAGGUUGAGAUGAAGGAGAUCUACACCAGCAAUCACAUGUGGAAACUUUUUGAUGACUUCCUGGUGGACAUCUGCAGAGUGUGCAAUAACACGAGUGACCGUAAGCACGCUGACACAGUUCUGGAGCGCUACGUUACUGAGACCAUCAUGAGCAUCGUCACCACCUUCUUCAGCUCACCGUUCUCAGACCAGAGCACAAGUUUGCAGACCCGGCAGCCAGUGUUUGUGCAGCUGCUGCAGGGAGUUUUCCGUGUGUAUCACUGCAACUGGCUGCUCCCAAGUCAGAAGGGCAAUGUGGAAGCCUGCAUCAAAGUGCUGAGUGACGUGGCUAAAGGCAGGGCCAUAGCCAUUCCUGUGGAUCUGGACUGUCAGGUGAAUAAUCUGUUCAUGAAGUCCAACAACAUAGUGCAGAAAACAGCCCUCAGCUGGAGACAGUCCGUCCGGAACGCUACACGAAGAGAUUCUGUUCUGACCACCUGCCGAGACUACCGCAACAUUAUUGAAAGACUCCAGGAUAUAGUGUCUGCAUUGGAGGAGCGGUUGAGGCCUCUGGUUCAGGCUGAGCUGUCUGUAUUGGUGGAUGUUCUCCAUCGUCCAGAACUGCUGUUCCCAGAGCACACUGAAGCCCACCGCAAGUGUGAGAGUGGAGGCUUCAUCUGCAAAUUGAUAAAACAUACCAAGCAACUUCUAGAGGAAAAUGAGGAGAGGCUUUGUAUCAAAGUUCUGCAGACACUCAGAGAGAUGAUGACUAAAGACAGAGGAUAUGGAGAGAAGCUACUGGGAUUUGAUGAUGAGAUGGAUGUCACUGAGGUGGUGGAUGUGAGUCUGCCACCCAAACAGCUGGAGGAUCGGAGGAGGGGGGAGGCCCUUCGGCAGCUGCUCGUCAAUCGUUACUAUGGUUUCAGGAGUGGUGGGCGGAGAGAAAGUCUGACCUCCUUCAGUAACUCCACGCUGACACCUGUAGGACCAAUCAAGAGCCAGCCUGGGGGUUUGAGCAGGGCUGAGAUGUCAUUGAUGGAGGUGCAGUGCCAUCUGGACCGUGAAGGGGCAUCUGACCUUGUCAUUGAUCUUAUUAUGAAUGCUACCAGUGACCGUGUCUUCCACGAAAGCAUCCUAUUGGCUAUCGCACUGUUGGAGGGCGGGAACACCAUCAUACAGCAUUCCUUCUUCAAACGUUUAACGGAAGACAAAAAUUCAGAAAAGUUUUUCAGGGUGUUUUAUGAUAGAAUGAAAGCAGCUCAGUUGGAGAUCAAAGCCACUGUUACCGUCAACACCAGUGACCUAGGCAACAAGCGGCGUGAUGACAACACACCAGACAAAGAUACGCCACAACGCGGGAGAGAAAAAAAUUCUGGUGUUGUGGUGACUGAUGAUACCCGUGAGCAGUUGUUGGAGGCAUCUGUUGUGACUAAGAAGGCCUACGGUUCGUAUCGACGAGAUGCUGAUCCUGAGGAGACUUAUGGCACUGCUGAUGGAGACAAAGGGGGUGGAGAUAAAGGAACAGAGCAGGGCGAGAUGAGCCCUGUCAUUCUCAUCAUGCAACCAAUCCUGCGCUUCCUACAGCUGCUGUGUGAGAACCAUAAUCGAGACCUGCAGAAUUUUCUGCGCUGUCAGAACAACAAGAAUAACUAUAACCUGGUGUGUGAGACCCUGCAGUUCCUGGACUGUAUUUGUGGCAGCACAACAGGAGGCCUGGGGCUGUUAGGACUAUAUAUCAACCAGCAUAAUGUGGCUCUCAUUAAUCAGACUGUAGAGAGUCUCACUGAAUACUGUCAAGGGCCCUGCCAUGAUAACCAGAAUUGCAUUGCCACCCAUGAGUCUAAUGGCAUUGACAUCAUCAUUGCAUUAAUUCUGAAUGAUAUUAAUCCACUGGGCAGAAAGAGAAUGGAUCUGGUUCUAGAACUAAAGAAUAAUGCAUCUAAGCUACUGCUGGCCAUCAUGGAGAGCCGUCAUGACAGUGAGAAUGCAGAAAGAAUCCUGUACAACAUGAGACCAAAAGAACUAGUGGAGGUGAUGAAAAUGGCCUACCAGCAGGGUGAAGCAGAGUUUGAGGAUGAGGAACUGGAGAAUGGAGAGGACCAUGCUGCAUCACCUCGCAAUGUUGGACACAACAUCUAUAUCCUUGCACAUCAGCUGUCACGUCACAAUAAGGAGUUGCAAAUACUACUGAAACCAGGUGGGGAGGACCAGGCCCUAGAGUAUUACACAGAACACACCGCACAGAUAGAGAUAGUACGCCAGGAUCGCACUAUGGAACAGAUUGUGUUUCCCGUACCAAAUAUCUGCUCUUUUCUCACAAAUGAGUCCAAGCUGCGUGUGUACUAUGGUACAGAGAGAGAUGAACAGGGCAGUAAAAUAAAUGACUUCUUCCUGCACGCAGACGACCUCUUCAAUGAAAUGAGGUGGCAGAAAAAACUAAGAGCACAGCCAGUGUUGUACUGGUGUAGCCGGAACAUGUCGUUCUGGAGUAAUGUGUCUUUUAACCUGGCUGUUCUCAUUAAUCUGUUGGUGGCGUUCUUUUACCCUCUGGACGGAGUGAGUGAAAGUUCACUAGACCCUUCUCUUUCUCUGUUGCUGUGGGUGUGUUUGUUGGGCUCGUUGGGAUUUGUGUUGAUGUCACCGAGGCCGAACGCAGUGCGAGUGCUGGUCAUCUGCUGUGUUCUGCAGCUGGGCUUCUCAGUCGGGCUGCAGCAUAUGCUGACACUCCUGGGAGCUUUUAAUGUAAGAUCACACUCACACAAACACACAUGGGAGGUUUCUUUUAAUGUGUCUUUUAACCUGGCUGUUCUCAUUAAUCUGUUGGUGGCGUUCUUUUACCCUCUGGACGGAGUGAGUGAAAGUUCACUAGACCCUUCUCUUUCUCUGUUGCUGUGGGUGUGUUUGUUGGGCUCGUUGGGAUUUGUGUUGAUGUCACCGAGGCCGAACGCAGUGCGAGUGCUGGUCAUCUGCUGUGUUCUGCAGCUGGGCUUCUCAGUCGGGCUGCAGCAUAUGCUGACACUCCUGGGAGCUUUUAAUGUUUGUAAUAAGAUAGUGUUCAUGCUGAGCUUUGUGGGUAACCGUGGGACGUUUACCCGUGGUUACUGGGUGAUGGUGAUGGAUAGAGAGUUCCUGUUUCAUCUGCUGUACCUUCUCAUCUGCACUCUGGGCCUUUUUGGACACUUUUUCUUUUACAGUCUACUGUUGUUUGACCUGGUGAACAGGGAAGAGACUCUUUUGAACGUUAUCAAGAGUGUGACUCGAAAUGGCCGCUCUAUUGUCCUGACAGCUGUUCUGGGUCUGAUCCUGGUCUACCUCUUCUCCAUUGUUGGAUAUAUGUUUUUUAAGGAUGACUUCAUCCUGGAGGUGAACCGCAUCCCCAACGGCACUCUCGAGGAGGGAGUAAAUUUGGCUUCUAGUUUCCUGUCUGAAGGGGUCUGCAAUGGAAAAAAUGGGUCCUGCCUGCCUGCGGAUGUUGAGGAUGAUGAUGUAGAGCGAGCGUGUGAUUCUCUGUGGAUGUGUAUGAUCACUGUACUGAGUCACGGUCUCAGGAGUGGUGGCGGAGUUGGAGAUGUUCUGCGCAAGCCGUCCAAAGAGGAGCAUCUGUUCGCUGCACGGGUUGUGUAUGACCUUCUGUUCUUCUUCCUGGUGAUCAUCAUUGUGUUGAAUCUGAUCUUUGGUGUCAUCAUUGAUACGUUUGCUGAUCUGAGAAGUGAGAAGCAGAGGAAAGAGGAGAUCCUCAAGACCACAUGUUUCAUCUGCGGUCUGGAGAGAGAUAAGUUUGAUAAUAAAACAGUGACGUUUGAGGAGCACAUCAAGGAAGAGCACAACCUGUGGCAUUACCUGUACUUCAUUGUGCUGGUGCGAGUCAAGGACUCUACUGAAUACACAGGCCCUGAGAGUUACGUCGCUCAGAUGAUCAAGGAACACAAUCUGGACUGGUUUCCACGUAUGAGGGCCAUGUCACUGGUCAGCAGCGAUGGUGAGGGUGAACAAAAUGAACUGCGUAGUUUGCAGGAGAAACUAGAGUCCACAAUGAGGCUGGUCUCCAACCUGACCAAUCAGCUCACAGAGCUCAAAGAGCAGAUGACUGAACAGAGGAAACACAAGCAGCGGAUUGGUCUGCUGGGAAACCCCGCCCACCUCAACAUCAACCCACAGCAGCCGGCAUGAGAGGUGGGGCCUGAGGCCUGACUGACAUUAUGGAGCAUCAUUCCAGCAUAUAUGCAGUCAUACCGUCACAGCCUUAAAACCGCAUGCUAAUAUAUUAUCUUAUUAUGGACUCGUAACAGGAUCAUGAGGUCAUGUCUGGCGAUAGACAUGGUGAUUUUGAGCCUCAUUGCUGUAUGAGGUGCUAUAUUAAUUUUUUUAAGCACCGAUGUGAUCACUUCAGAAACAGUCUUUGCACUGUGUAUGAGUGUAGUAUUAUAGGAUGCUUUCACAGAGUGGUUCUUAAGAGUUACCGGCAUAUCCCUCUGUAUUUCUACGCACCUUUCUAUCAAAAUGGAUUGCGUUUGAGAAUAUUAAUAUAAUGUGUGAAGAUUUUAUAUAUAUUUUUUCGGUGUAUAUUUAUUUUGAUGUUCAGAUAUUUCUCCAUUUUAGAAUUUCUAUUGCCGAGAUGGACACUCAUGUGGAAGGUUUAAUAAACACCUACACUGAAUGUUAAAAAACACCAUUUAAGUUUC